UGUCAGCUGACUAACCACGUGACUCUUUCCGGACGUGCAGUUCAUCAUGAGCAGGGUUGUUACUGGCAAUGGCAUCAGCAUUGAGCAGUUCUGUAGUUUUAUUUCUCUGUAUUUUAGCAGUGAGUGGUGAUAUAGGCGAUAUCGUGCUCGAACAGCAGUCGUCGGAGUCACAAGGCACGGACUGUGGUUGUCAGGGACUGAAAAGGGAUGUUGAUGUUGAUAUAAGUGAUGAAAACAAACUGAAACAUCACGAUGAUGCAAAUAUAUACUCAGAAACAGCAAACCAAAGCCCACACAAGACACAGCAUGAUAUACGCAGUAAGCUGGUGCUGCUGCAGGGAGGUUGGUUUAUGAUGGGAACAGAUGACCCAGGAAUACCACAGGACGGAGAGGGGCCGCAGAGGAAAGUGAGGCUGGACCCUUUUUACAUUGAAGAGCAUGAAGUCACAAACCAGCAGUUCCAGCACUUUAUCAACCAGACAGGCUACAUCACAGAGGCUGAGCGUUUUGGAGACUCCUUUGUUUUUGAGGGACUGCUGAGUGAGGACGUGAAGAGCACACUGUCACAUGCGGUGGCUGCUGCUCCUUGGUGGUCACCAGUGAAAGGUGCAGACUGGAGACACCCAGAAGGACCAGAUUCAACCAUAGAGCACAGGAUGAAUCACCCUGUGCUGCAUGUAUCAUGGAGUGAUGCACAGGCGUACUGUCACUGGGCCACACGCAGACUUCCUACUGAAGCUGAGUGGGAGUUGGCUUGUAGAGGAGGACUCCAGGAUAGGCUGUAUCCAUGGGGAAAUAAACUAAUGCCUAAAGGGCAGCACUAUGCUAACCUGUGGCAAGGAGAUUUCCCUAACCACAACACAGCAGAGGACGGCUAUGCUAACACAUCACCGGUGAUGUCAUUUCCUGCCAAUGGCUUUGGACUGUAUGACAUGGUGGGAAAUGCAUGGGAAUGGACAGCAGACUGGUGGAAUGUGCAUCAUACUACAGAAGACAAAUACAAUCCUAAAGGACCAGAAACAGGGACGGACAGAGUCAAGAAAGGAGGAUCUUACAUGUGCCACAAGUCUUACUGCUACAGAUACAGGUGUGCAGCCCGUAGUCAAAAUACUCCGGACAGUUCUGCAUCUAAUCUGGGCUUCCGCUGUGCCGCUGACGCUGAUCCAUAACCUCAAACAUCAGAUCUAUCACUGUCAUACACUUGAAAUCUAGAAAGAUUUUUUAAUUUGAUGUAAAUAAAGCCAUUUGUAAGAGUU